AUGUCAUAUCAAGCUCUGGAGUUCCUCAAACUCCAAGAGCAUCCAAGAAUAGGACCAAAACCAACCAACAAGGAUCAUAAACAUGAAUCUCAAAAGAACAAGGUUAAGGUGAAAUCUUUAUACCUCCAAAGUCUCAAAAACUUGAAGAAGAAGAUGGAUCUAGACGUGCUCUUUGCUUCCUUGCACCAAGAAAGAGUUUCUUUAUUCAUAAGCUUCACCAAAUCAAGGAAACAACUUCAAGAUCAAGCCACCAAGCUCAUAAACAUGGAAGGGAAGUUAAGGUCUCGAAAUGAAGAGAUGAAGGCUGGUCAAGAUGACCUAAUCCAUGAAUUAAGGUGUUCAAAUAUGGGAGAAACUCUAAAAAUCAUAAGUUUGGGCAGCAACAACCACCACGUCAUGACAUCCUUCAUGCAACGUUGUGGUGUCCAUCCAAAUAAGCGACCAUUACAUGUCAUGUCACAUCAUGGCUGUCUCUUCGCUCCCUCUCUCCUUCCCCCUCCACCAUUUGAACAAUCUAACCUACUUUUUAGUUUUACAACAAACAUGGUUUUCGAAAGAUUGAAGGUGUCACUGAAGAUAAGAUUCAGGUCUCUGAAGAUAUGGAAACCGAAUGAUGAUUCAUACAACAAGAUUGAAAAGAGUGAUAGCAUGAGGGUUGAGAUACGAAGCAGGAAAGCACGUAAACUUAUUGAAGAAACUCUUAGAGUCGCUGAUUCUCCCAAGUGUACUAAAGCCUACUCUUUCUAAACUAUUAGUAGUAAUAUUAGAAGUAACAAUAAUUCCAAUUAUUCCAUACUUGUGUUUCUGUAUAGAUGUUUAGUUUCCGGAGGUGUUAUCGAGUUCUUGAACCUUUAAAAUAACCUAAAGUUCGUUUUGUGUGAUUUGCAUGUGAAUUUUUCAUGUUAAAUAUGUCAGAUGUCAUGAUUAUUUUAUAAAGCAUGGGAGAUUUAUACUGUGUUA